AUGCCCCAGCUCUUCACCGGCACAUUCGUCGACACCCCCGCCUCCUCCCACCUCAGAGUCAGGCGCAACCAUCUACUCGCUGUGGACGACCAGGGAUACAUCUCCCACGUCGCACCUCUAUCCGACCCCUCGUCUCAGGCUCUUCUCAAGGAUAACAACCCGACACAGUUAGGCAAGCACUCGUUCUUUCUGCCCACCUACGCCGACCUCCAUCUGCACGCUCCUCAGUACCUUUACGCCGGAACGGGCUUGGACUUGCCGCUCCUCCAGUGGCUGGAGAGGUAUGCGUACAGGGCAGAGGAGAGGAUCGAUAGCGACGAGGCGCUUGCAGAACGAGUGUAUGGGCGGCUCGUGGAGCGUCUGAGGGAGAACGGGACGGGGUGUGUGGUCUUCUUUGGAACCAUCGGCGUCAAGGCCAAUCUGGUAUUGGCGAGGAAGGUCCAGGAGUCUGGUAUCCGAGCAUUCAUAGGCAAGCUGUCGAUGGACGAAUCGCCCCGCCCGACUUAUGGCGAAGCUUCUGCCUUAUCCUCCCUCACUUCCCUCAACGAGUUCCUCGAUUCUUUCGAGUCUUACAUCUCCCAAUUCCCCAAGCACAGGCAGCUCGUCCAGCCUAUCAUUACUCCCCGAUUCGUCCCGGUCUGCUCUGACGAGCUGCUGGAGGGGCUGGCCAAGGUCAGCAAGGAAAGAAAUGUGCGCUUGCAGAGUCAUAUGUGUGAAGGGAGGGAUCAGAUAGAUAUGGUCAUGAUGAACAAGAAACUGGACGAUGAAAAAGUCUUUGACAAAUUUGGUCUCCUCACUCCUCAAACGCUCCAAGCUCACGUCACAUACCUUGACGAGGAUAUGUCUGUACUCAUGAAAGAGCGGGGUGUCACUAUCGCCCAUUGCCCCCUCUCAAACCAAUACCUUUCCGAACGCCAAUUCCCUCUCCGCGAGGCCCUCGAUGCCUCCCUCUCCCUCGGUCUCGGCACCGACAUUGCCGGCGGCUACUCUCCCUCUAUCCAUACUGCUAUGCGUCAAGCCGUGAUCAUCUCACGCAUGCGAGAGGGAGACAGGUGUGAGAAGGCGGGGUGCUCGUUCGCCGGAAUGAAGUCGGAGAAGGAGGGUGGGGGCCGGGAUCUGAGGGUGGAUUGGAAAGAGGCAAUGUGGGCUGCUACGAGGGGUGGAAAGGCUGGUAUGGGGCUGGGAGGUGCUCUGGAAGUCGGGAUGGAGUUUGAUGCUCAGCUCAUUGAACUUGCCAGCGACGAGAACCCGAUCGGCACUGGCCCUCUCGACCUCUUUGACCUUGAAGACAAGUCUAUUGACACUGACAAUGACGAGUGGUGGAUUGAGGUGCUAGAGAGAUGGUGGUCCAAUGGCGAUUGUAGCAACAGGAAGGGGAUGUGGACCCAGGGAGUCAAGGUUGCUUAG